AUGGCCGUUACGGGAGACGAUGGCGAGAGGGCGGCGGCGACGCUGGAAGCUGUGGAGGGGGAAGAGGAUGAUUCCCGGCCGUUGCUCAGCGCUCGAGCUCUGGAAGCCCUGACGGAGUUCCUCGCCGAACAGCAGAGGCUGCAGCAGGAGACUGGUGUCCCCACGGGGGGGGAUGAUGCGGAAGGGGACUGUGCCGUUGAGCUAGUCUCGGAGGACUGGCGACUGAGUCAAUUCUGGUACGAUCCGGACACGGCGAGGACGGUUGCGGAGGAGAUCAUGGUGCUUUGCGCCGCGGCAGGUUCCUCGUGCCUCGUCGGUUGCAUCGCCUGCCCCACUAUCUACACCUAUCUCAAGGUACAUUCGCGGAGUCCCUCCUCAACGGGCGAGAACAGUUUCCCGAUUGAUUUAUGUGGAUUUGUGCCACACACAUUUGUACCUGAUUCGUCGCUUUUCCAUCCCUGCGGCUCGAAGAAUUUAUAUUCCUACGAGUUUCUUCUUCAAUCGUAAGAUUCGUCAUAUUCAUAAUCUCAGACGAAUUACAGUUUGGUCGGUCCUUCUGCGAGCUCUACCGAAAUCGAUCGUGAUUUAUUCCGGCGAUUCCGAAGUUUGCAGACGAUUACAGUUCUCGUUCCUCUUUGGUAUUGGCAGAGAUCUCCAGUUUCAUAACCAAAACCCUAGACCUUUCCGGACGCUACGGAUCUUGGAAUUUCGUCAUCCGUUUUCAUGACCGAUUAUGGCUCGCUCUUUGUUUCUUCCUUCUUGCAUUUCGGUGGUCAUCUUGUCUGCUGAACAUGGAAUUCCUGGCCCAAACGCCAGAAGAUGGAUCCCAGCAUCGCUGUGCAUCUGCUCGAGUUCGACAGGCGGUUUGAGCAAUACGGCGCUGAUUUCACGUUCUAUGAUUACAACAAGCCGUAUGAGCUCCCAUCAGUGAUGCGGCACGCUUACCAAGUUGUCAUCGCAGAUCCCCCCUACCUGGUAAGUGCUUUUAGACGACCAGUAUCGAUUAUUUUCACGGCUUCAAUCUCAUCCGAUUUUCAUCCCCCAAAUCAUCGAACGUUUCCCUGAGAAGAUUAAAGAUUACAACAAAAAAUAACAAUUACGAUCGUUUUCCAUGGUACUAAAUAGCAUUCCAGUGACAAAGUCGACAGCACUUUCAGUGUUCCUCAAAGAAGUAACCGCUCUCAACUUGGAAUAAUCUGUAUCUCGCUUUCAUUCACUGCUUCCACCAUUUACCUUUAUACGUCGUUGGUCGGUGUGUUCUUGCCCUUUUAAGGAGAAAGCGGCAUUCCUGUUCUUGCAGAGUCAAGAGUGCUUGGAGAAGGUCGCCCGGACGGUCUCAUUUCUUGCCCGGCCUGAAGACUCAUACUUGCUCCUGCUCACAGGUUCCCCUCUGAAACCCUCCACCUGGAAAUCUCUGCAUCACUCGCUCGUAUAUGAUCCGCCAUCCAUCGUCUGCUGCAUAGUUCUGUUCUACCCAUCAGCAUAACAUCCAUCUGCUUCCUCUUAUCCUCGUCUUCCUUUUUUGCCCAUCUCUCAGCUUGCAGUCGAUAAUUCAGUUCUGUUCCAUACGACAGAUCACCUUUUGAUCGGCUGGUUCCUCUUUCAUGAUCAUCACUCACUUGAAAUUCAUUCAGAAAAAAAAAACAGAAAGAAAGUCAAGCUAGGAAAUCUUGAUCUCUCAUGGGGAUCCGUCUCCUCAUUCUUUUCCUUUUCUUUUGCUGUUGGGGGGUGAGAUCUUCAUCUUUUAUAUAUGAUUUUGAGGUUAAAAUGGGUGGAUCAUCCUGUUGCAGGAGAGGUGCAGGAGGAGAGAGCCUUGGAGCUCUUGAAGCUCCGGCCUUGUGGGUUCAGGCCCCGUCAUUCCAGCAAGCUUGGCAACGAAUUCCGCAUCUUCACUAGCUACGACCCGCAGGGGAGGCUUGGUGGCUGGGCUUAG